AUGGAAGAUUUGCCGGCGCCCGCUCGAGUCACUCAACGAUCAACGGGACUACAGGUGAUACAGUGCUCACAAGGUCAGCUACAGCCACAACAGCCCUGUCCUCCAGGUGCGGUUUUUACACCUCAACAACGGGAGUGCUUCCCUACCCAGCGACCUGCUCAGUUUUCUAUGAAUGCUGUCCAUCCGGUCGCCAAUGAUUUAGACCACAGUUACUCGCGAACUUUCAACUACUGGGAAGAUCCGAGCGUUGUCACUUCAUCACAAAAUAUGAUGUUCUCCGUAAGCCAGUAUGGGCUUCAAGACCAGGCCAUGUUUCGAAACUCACGCGUCCAGCAAAGUUCAAAGGUUGUUCGGCAUGUCGCAGUUCCUCUCACACGGCCAGAUCAUGGUUAUCCCAAUGAAGUCCAGCCACAAGUCAGAUACCGUACUCUACGAGGAGCCAUUAGUCAUGGUGUGCAAUGCAACGGAGAUCCAGAGUGCAUGCAAUGCGAACGAAUCGAGAUCCCUCACCUUUACAAUAAUUCUAUGAAUAGGGAACCUACCGUAUUCAUGUCAGCACCGCCCAUCUGUGAACAAGAACCGCGGAAACGGAAAUGGUGGAUGGAACUGAAGCUGCUGGUAAUUUCUCGCAUGGAAAACAAGGGCGUCGUAAGAGAAGACUGACUUAGCAGACGGAAGAAACUUAAAUCGGAUGGCGAUGGAGUAGGUGUCCUACCAGGAGAAUCAAAUACAAGUAAACCAGCAGCUCUAUCGACACAUGGCGAGCUAUUGAAGCAAAAGAGGAGGAAUAUGGCAUUUCCCAAAGGUACUUUCCUGAUUCGAUAUGCAGAUCUGGAUAGCGAUCAAUACGCUGGCCAUAUUUGGCUCGUUGACAAUCAUCAAUUACUGCAGAAGUACACAUAUGAUGGAAUAGAUGCUUCGAAUGCUAGAGUUUUUAGUCGCACUGAAAGGUACAGUGGAUGGCUAUGCGAUCGUCCAUGGCUUUACCAUCCGCUUCCUGGUGUCAAAAGUGUCAUGGGAAAUAAGGAAAAGGUAUCGAUCACGGACCAUCCAACGAGAGCUGAACUAUUCGCACGAAGAGAUGCUGAGAGCAAGAAAGCACUAGAGAAAGCAUCAGAACAAAUGGAGGCCAUAGGAGAGACAAGAGCUUCAGGUCGUAGACAUUCUGAUGAAGAAUGCAAACAGGAGACACCAAUUAAGGAAGAGUUUGCUGAUGAACUGCCCUUUUUCACGAUGGACGAACCUAAUAUUACAUAG